AUGAAUAUAUAAAAUGAUUAAGUUUAGACUAAUGAAUCUUUUGUUGAAGAAAAUGAAACAAGAUAUCAGGAUUAUUUUGAUUAAUUCGAAUAAUCUGUAAUAAAAAAAAAAUUAAAAAUCGUUUUGAUAAAAAAUAAAGAAGUCUAAUUAAUGACUUUAGAUGGAGAGAUAGUAAGAUAGUAAUGACCUUUAUCUUCAACAUUUAGUGAUAUUCUCUCAAAAUAUUGUAAUGAAAACCCAGAAAUACCCUUUAAUCUAGAACAACUUACACAUUUAUAAUGGGAAGGAAAGUAUAAAGAUCUGAAAAAAUUUGGAAAGUGGACAGCAACAUGGAAAAAUGAUAUUUAUUUAAUGUAGGUUGUUAGUAUGAAAAGGGAAUGAAAUAAGGCUAAUGGAAAGAAUUAUUUAAAAAUUACUAUGAGUAUUAGUUAUUUUUAUAUUUUAAGCAAAGCCUAAAUCUAUGAAGUAGGAGAAUAUAUUAAUAACUUGAGAACAGGGAUAUGGAGUGUCAUUUAUGAAAAUAAACUGAUGUAUUUUAUAAUAGAUAUUCAAAGUGGGGGAGGAUUAUAUAAUGAAUAAGGUCAGAAAAGCGGUUAAUGGAUUGAUUUAUGCGAUUAUUUCCAAUUGUAUAUAGUUUUAAUAUGGAUAUAUAAUUAGUGACAACUAAAUUGGUAUAUGGGAUAUUAAUAGAAUAAGAUUAGCUAUCUUCCUUAAUCUUAAUGGAUGUAAAAAUAAAGGUAAUCAGUCUUUAGAAUUAAUUUAAAUGAUAAAUAAAAAAAGCAAUUUUUAGGGGUUAAGAGAUAUAUGACCAAAAAGGUCGAAAGAAUGGAAAAUGGGUUGAGUUAUGUGAUCAUUUUAGAAGGUUUAAAUUAUAACAACUUAAUAUUUAGAGAAACCUAAAUCAUAUACUGUGGUGAAUAUAAAAAUGGUAGAAAAUAUGGUAUUUGGGAUAUUCUUCAUUAGAGAUAUAGUAAUAGGCCAUUUUAAUUGAUGUAAAUAUAUUAUAAUUAAAUAAUCAUAGUGGAUUUGGUACAUAUAAUGUCUCAGGGUUGAAAAAUGGAAAAUGGGUUGAGUAGAGCGAAAAUUUUUAAAGGUUUUAAAAAUAGUUUUAUAAUAAUAUUUAGGUAAUUUAUGAAGGUCCGUAUAACAAUAGAAAAAAAAGUUGGGAAAUGGGAUAUUAAAUUAAAGAAUGAUUAUAUUUUUGAAAAAGUGUAUAAAUAUAUUUUUGAUAGCAAUUCUUAGUGGUUUUGGAUCUUAUGAUGAAUAAGGACUUAAAAAUGGCAUUUGGCUAGAAUUAAGUGAUAAUUAUUGGAAGUUUUAAUAAUCUCUUAUAAUAAUAGAUUUAAAAGAGAGGUCACUUAUUAUGGAAAAUAUUAAAAAGAUAAAAAAAUUGGAAAAUGGGAAAUCUCCUUCAAAAAUUGUAAUAAUCCUUUUGAAAUGAUGUAAGGAAUAUAUUAUAUAGAUAAUUAUGUUAGAGGUGGUGGAUUAUAUAGUGAUUCAGGUGUGAAAAAUGGUUAUUGGAUAGAAAAGUAUGAAAGUUUUUGGAGGUUUUAUUUUAAUUAUUAAAAUUAGUUGGAAUGAGGUCAUUUAUCAAGGUUUAUUUUAAAAUGGAAAAUAGAUUGGUAGAUGGGAUCUAUAAUUUAGAUCUUCUAUAAAAAAUGAGUUUCAUAAUAAUUAUAUAUUCUUAUUAAACAAUAAUAAUAAGAAUGACAUUCUGUAUGUUUUUUUUAUUUGUGUAAAUUUUUGAGUGGUGGCGGAACUUAUGAUGACUAAAAUUUGAAGAAUGGUAGUUGGGUUGAUUAAUUCGAAAGAUUCUAUAUGUGUUAUUUUUGAAUUAAUUCAUUAGGAACUAAGGUUAUAAAGUACUGUAUUGUCAUGGUAAAAAGAUUGGAUUAAUGUAAGAAAUAAGUUAAUGUAAUUACUAAGAAAGUUUGAAAAUGUAACAUAUAAAAAUUAAUAAUUAGAGAACAAAAAAUAUUUGAUUGA